CAGCCAUGGCUCUGCAACAACUAAGAUCAAGAUUUCGAGUACUUCAAAACCCUAGUUUAAUCAAAUUGUUCUCUACCACUAAUUCAUCUUCAUCAUCUGAUUCUGAUGAUCUUAACCUUCAAAACCCUAAUUUAACCCAAUCAUUUUCUAUUUCUACUACUUUAUCAUCAUCAUCUGAAUGUGAUGAUCCAAUCCUUGAUACACAAGAAGAAGAAGAAGUGGUAAAUCAAAAAUACCAUGGAGAGUGUAGAAAAAGGGGGAAAUGGGGAGCUCAAAUCACAGAUCCACAAAAGAGAAAAGCAAAAAUCUGGUUAGGUACAUUUGAUACACCUGGAGAUGCUUCUAGAGCUUAUCAUCAAGCUGCUCUUAGAUUUGGAGUGGCUUCUGGAGAGAAAAACAAGCCACUUUCAGAUACCGAGCGAAAACAUUUCAUAGAUUUAUGUGUAAGGGAAGUUAAUGAAGAGGGUAGAUUGAUUACACGUUUAAAGCCUCAAUCAUGUACCAGAGUGGGUGAAGAGAUGGAGAAGAAAUUUGGUUUGAAAUUAACUCAAACUCAGCUGCUUUAUCGGUGGAGAAAUCUAAGAAAUCAGUAUGUCACUUGGUCAAAGCUAAUGAAUGCUGCAGGUGAUGGAUAUGACGCAAAGACUCAUACCUUUGGUUGGUCGAAAGAUAAAUGGGCUGAUUUUGUUAAGAUGGUACCUGAAUCAAGUAGGUUCCAGAAAAAGCCUUUGCAACAUGCAGACGAACUUAGAACUUUGUUUGAGUGUACGGUAAAGAACGAUUCUCAAUAUAUAGAUGGGCUACAUUGGAGUACUUCUGUAAAGAAAUAUUAUAUUGAUCUAUGCGUAAAGGAAAUUAAUGAAAAGGGUAGAUUGCUUACACGGUUAAAGCCUCAAUCAUGGAUUAAGGUAUCUCAACAACUAGAGAAGAAAUUUGGUUCGAAAUUCAACCAGAAUCAGUUGUCAAGCCAGUGGGUACAUCUGAGACGUCAGUAUAUUGCUUGGUCAAAGCUAAUGAAUGCGGCUGGAAGUGGAUACGACGCCAAGACUCAUACCUUCAAUUGGUCAGAAGAUAAAUGGGCUGAGUUCAGUAAGAUGAUACCUGAAUCAAGUAAUUUCAGAAAAAAGCCUUUGCAAUUCGCAAGUGAACUCAGAACUCUAUUUGGAAGUACAGUUGAGACUGAGAAUGAAGAGAAUAAGCCUCAGUUAGAUGACAUGCCACGCUCUACCUCAAAUUCCGACCAAUUUCGUGAUGCUGGAGUACAUAGAAGAAAGACGUUAACAACUUCUGAUGAUGCGAAUGAUCAAAAGCUAAGAGCAAGUGUGGAAGAAUGUGUGAAGUCUUUGAAUGAGUUAAGAGCAAGUCAUGAUCUCCCUCGACAUCUUUAUACUGCUGCACUUAAAUCAUUUUGCCAAGGAAGAGAAUAUAGGAUUGUUUGGAUGGCCGUUACUGACCCAGAAGAUCGAGUUUCAUUUCUUCAAAGUUUACUGUGAACUGCUGUAAAACCUACUCUUAGAUAGCCCUCCUAAUUAUGUGUAGUUUGAACUUUUUAGAAAUUCUUCCUCUUAACCUACCACCGAUUACCACCACCACCUCCUCCCACCACCACCACCGCCUAUUUAAGAAAUGUAACAACAUCAAUGCAAUCACAAUUAAGUUCUGUUACAUGAUAAUUUUAUCGAG